AUGUAUGAGGAGAAAUUUGGGUAUGUUUUUGUGACAUUUGUAGCUGGUAGGACCUCUGAAGACAUACUUGCAGAAUUAAAGAUGCGUUUUAGAAACACGUAUGUUGUUGAGUUGGAUAUUGCUUCAAAAGAGGAUUUAAAGUAUAUAGAACUUUAUAUUACAGAGCUUCUUUCCAAGAAAUCUGUCCAAACUACCGACGAAGGAGAUGUGUCAGCUGAAUAUUCAGGCGAAAUAGUUGAUAACACUCUAGAUGGGGCAUACACUGAUUUAGAAGACGAUUUAGAUGCUAUUUUCUCCGGUGGAUAUGACAUCUCCAGGAAUGUUGAGCUCAAUAAGGUUCCAGAAGAAGACAAUGAAACUUUAGACACCCAAUAUAGAGAAAAUGACGUACAUGCUGCAACAAGGGGCUUCGAUCUAAACAAAAAGCCAUGGUUUGGAGAUGACUUAUCAGAUCCAUUAUCAUGUGACUGUAGUAGAUUUUUGACAGAGUAUUUCUGGCUAGGUCAAUAUGAUGUUGAAGAGAAAUUUUGA